CAAAUCCUCUUCCUUGUUUAUAUCUUUACAAGCUGAUCAUGGACGGUGUUCCAGAAUGGCUUAAUUACGUUAGCUGUAAAUGGUCCCAGCUUGAAAGCUCCUCUAAGGAAUGUCUUACACAAGCAACAGAUCUGCAGGAGAUCUUUAAUAUUUGUUUAUCCCUUUUCAGCCAUGAGGAUGAAGUAUUCCUGGAAAAACUUGCUGGACUGAAUCUGCUCAUAAAAAAUUCUAAAGCUGUUUUAUUUUACAAAGAAAAAGGCAAUGAGAAGUUUCAGAAAAAGUGCUACCUGGAGGCCGUUGCUCUGUACUCAAAGGGGAUUUCAAAUGCCACACCUGGGACUGAGGAUAUAGCUGUGUGUUAUGCAAAUCGAUCUGCAGCCCUGUACUAUCUCAAGGAAUAUGAGAAAUGCCUAGGAGACAUCCAGCAAGCUUUGAGCCAUGGGUACCCAAAACGUCUGGAACAGAAGAUCUUGGUCCGUAGAAAUGAAUGCCUUCAACACCUCAGUAAGCUGGACAAAACCACAACGAUUGCUAGUGACUUAAGAAAAAGGACUGGCAACCAUCCUGAGCUUCCAAACAGUGUUACUCAAAGUCACAGAAAUAUAAAAACUGACUUGCACUAUAGUGCUGAAGAUGGGGCAUCUACUUUGAUGAGGGAAAAAACAAAUGCUACUAAGCCUUGUGAGAUAAAUCCUAGAGUACCUUGUGCCUCUGCUGUCAUAAAGCUACAUUUUAGUACUUCCAAAGGGAGACAUCUUUUAGCAGAGAUGGACAUAAAUGCAGGAGAUUCUUUGAUUGUUGAGGAGGCAUUUGUGAGUGUACUUAUUCCAGCAGAGAGGAAGUGGUUGCAGGUGAAUCCCAAAGAUUCUAAAGAGAUGUGGGACACAUCCAUUAAUAAUGAGGACCUAUGCUGUCAUCACUGCCUGGAAAGAACCUUGUCUCCCGUUACCUGUCUGGGAUGUUGCUUCACAAGGUACUGUAGUGAAGAAUGUAGGGAACAAGCUUGGAAUGUGUACCACAAGACAGAAUGCACCAUGGGAAGUCUUCUUAUUGCACUGGGUGUCUUUUCUCAUGUAGCUUUGAGGACUGUGCUGACUGCAGGUUUUAAGAAAGUCAAGGAGACCCACAAGCAGUGGUAUAGUAGGGAGCAACAAAUGCUGCAGGGAGGACCUUCUCAGAACCAGUCCAGACUAAUUUCGAAUAUCCUAGAAGGAAGUGAAGAACAGAAUGGGCAGCAGCAGGACAUUCCCAUUCUGGGGUGUGAUGUCACUGGAUCCUACCACAGCUCUUAUUUGGCCAUUUACCACCUAUUGACUCAUACUGAAAAGCACCUGCCAGAGCAUAGGUUCCUCUGUGGUAUGACAGUAGCUGCCAUUUGCAAACAACUGCAAAGAGUACAGCAGGGUCCAAGCAUUCCAACUUUGAGCACUGCGGAUAAAGACUGUUCUGCAAACAAGGGAGGGGAUAAGGGAGAAACUGAUGGGUCCUUAGACCUUAAAAUCAUGGGAACAACAGUACUGAGACAUUUAUUCCAGCUUCAUUGUAAUGCUCAGGCCAUAACUGCAAUUAGAGAUACAGACUUUGGAUGCUCAGUUGUGGAGAGCAACCAGCAAAUUCGUGUUGCCACAGCUCUUUUCCCCGUGGUGAGCUUAUUGAACCAUUCUUGUGCGCAGAAUACCACCGUUUCUUUCAGAGGGAGAACUGCCACUGUAAGGGCAUCUCAGCCAGUCAGAAAAGGAGAAGAAAUACUUCAUUGCUAUGGACCCCAUACUGGACAAAUGUCACUUAAAGAAAGACGUCAAGUGUUGAACACUCAGUACUUUUUCGAAUGCAGAUGCCUAGCCUGUGUCAAGGAGGAAGAAUUGGAGACUGUAGGCCCACUUGCACAACUUGAUUCGUUCUGCUGUGUCAAAUGCAAGUUACUGCUACAGGAGACGAAGGAACUCUGUGUGUGUCCUAACAGUUCCUGUGGUUGUGUCAUCCCUAAAACUAAGCUUCACCUGGAACUGCAGGAGAUUAAGAUGCAGAUCAGAACGGCACUCAGAUUCACUGAAGAUGGAAACCCAGAUCAGGCCAUCCAGCUACUUUUGAGAUGUCUACAGAAAAGUGUGGGGUUCUUGUCAGCAACCCACAAAGUUAUAGGAGAGAUUCAUGACAAGCUGGCGCAGGCAUAUGCAAACAUAGGUGACUGGAAGUCAUCUGCUGCCCAUCUCAGGAGCAGUAUCCAGGUUGUGGAAGCCCAUUAUGGAUCUUGUAGCAUUCAGUGUGGACAUGAGCUGUUAAAGUUAUCACAGGUUCUUUUUAAUGGAUUUGCAAUGUCAGAAGCCCUAGAUGUAAUUCCCAAAGCAGAAGCCAUUCUGAUAACACACUACGGCUCAGAGAAUGACAUGGUACAGGAGCUACAGGAGAUGGAGGCGUGUCUGCGGGGAAUGCCUUUUGCUUAACAGCGUCCUUGAAAAAUGUAUAAAAGUUUACAUAUCUUCAAACCGUGUUACAUCUGUUUGCAGAUUCAUGGUUAGCAACACAUUUAAGAAGUUUCACAUGAAACAGGAGAAGUGUUUCAUACAGGUGUGUUUUUUCCCCCAUUCUGAUUAUUUUUUUUUCAGUUAGUGUCAAGCCUGGGCAUCCUUUCCAGGCAUCUAUUUAAAAUUCUGUGUAAGUUUUAUAUUUGGAUAUUAUUUAUUGAUAUUUUGAUGCCCUAGCUUUUAACCAUCCUCCUUGUCAAGGAAUGGGUUAAUAAAAUGGUUUUAAGCAGGGAAUCUUUUAAUACCGAGUGGGUUAAAAUCAAUAUAAACUAACAGUAGACCCCAUCACAGGCCCUAAUGUCCUUGAUACUAGGUCAUGCACCAGAUGAUAAAAAAAAAAAAUAAAUAAUAAUAAUAAUAAUACAGUUAUCCUUUAGAAGGUAGUCGCAGUCUUAUGCAUUGCUUAUAUGAGGACCAAGCUGAGGGACCAUUCAGAAAUCAUUGGGGAUUAUUCACAGAUGUUUUAAGGCAUAUCCACACAUAAAACAGGGCUUUACCAGACAGUUGUAAUAGGAAUCUAACAUGGGGAUAAACCAAGAAUUGGGGAAAAUAAUAAUGUAACUGAGCACCAGGUCAGUGCACUCAUCAUUUUGGUGGAUGCUUAUUUGGAAGGCAAGUAUGAUAUAAGUCCUAGUGUUGUGUUGCUCUACUUUUCUCCAGCGAUGUAAGGAUUCCACUGAAAGAGAUUGCAAUCUCACACUGGCUUUCAACAGUAUGUUUUUAGGCAUGCCUUAAUCUCAGAACAUUUGUAGACACUGGGCCUUCUACCGGUCCCCCAACUCCUAACAAGACUCUUCUCUAAUUUCUUGGAGGCAGAAACAACCAUAGCCUGCAAAUAGAUAGCUUUCUUUAAUUAUCUGAGACUACUCCACACUAGAAUAGCUUACGGCAGCUACCAAGGAUUCACCAUACAUUGGAAAAGUUGGAAAAUUUCCAUUCCAGAUAUGUUCCCAACAUUUAUACCCUAGCACUGUAAUAGCCAGCAUGUAGCUGUUAUAUAUCAACUGACAGAAGGUAGGUAGUUGGAAUAAUGCUGGUGCAGGCAGGCAGGUUUGGGGAUUUUUCAGUAUGGCUAAGCAUGUGUGAACAGACAUCUUGUGAAAUGUUGAUAAAGUAGUUAUGUAGAAGGUUUAAUUUAAUGAUUGAAGUACAAGUUAAAAAAUAUUUUUAUUGUAAUGUGGAGAAUCUAAUAAAUACUAUAAUUAAAAUGUGCUAUUUUAUUAAAAAAAACAUUUGUUUUGCACUGACAUUCAUAUUUAUAAUUAUGUGUUUGCUUACUAUCAAAAAAAAAAACCUUCCAUGAAUACAUUCUGUUGACAGAUAUUAUCACUUGUGAUAAAUAAAAGUAGUAGUUAAAUUUU